GCCCUCUUCUGGACGCACACCACCAGGUCCAUGUCUCUUCUGUGCAGAGGACUCCACAUCUGGACGCAGUACUACAUCGGUGUGCAGCCCAGGAGGAGGCAAAGGGGUGGGGAGGCGGGUGGUACCGAGGAGGAGGAGGAAGAGGCAGCGAGGGCAGUUCCGGCAGCGGGGCGGGGGCGGCUGCGGCACAACGGAGGUGAUCUGCUCUCAAGCCGUGCCAAGCCGAUUCAAACCGAUCCGGGCUGAACCAGGCUGCUCCGAGCUGCGCCGAUCCGAUCCGCACGGAGCCGACAGUCGCUGAGCAGACAUCAGGAAGAAGGAGAAGAUCUCAUCAUAUCCAGGAGGCAAGUGGAACAAAAACCUGCUGAGACUUGGCCAUGCACUAACACAAAGUUCAUAGAAUCGUAGAAUCGUCUGAGUUGGAAGGAACCUUUCAGGGUCAUUCAGUCCAACACGUCUUCAAUGAACAGGGACAUUCUAUGGCUAGGAAGUUGUUCUGAAUUUCACUGUUGCCCUGGACUUUUGCACUGGCACUGAUGGAAACUCAUCACUCCAUGCUGCUGGAGAGUCAAAGAUUUAAAGUCAGCCACGCUAGAAGAACUCUUACCCUCAUUCUUGCAUCCAAGAAAAUCCUUUCCAUGUUUUCAACAACUGUGAUGACCAGAGAAGCCUCUCUAGCCAAAGACUGAAUUUGUAUAUCAGGAAAUACCAUUUACAGGACUUGUCAUGUCUCCUUUUCUGCGUAUUGGUUUAUCCAACUAUGACAGUGGCCCUUACCUGCCAUCACAAGGGGAGGUGAUUAACCCUUACUGUGCUGUGAUGGUUAAAGAAGCCGUGGAGUCAGAAAAUGGCCAAGUAUAUGUGCAGAAAAAACCCACCAUGUACCCACCUUGGAACAGCACUUUUGAUGCCCACAUCAACAACGGCAGGGUCAUGCAUAUCGUCGUCAAGGAUAAAAGUGCUGAAAUGGUUUCAGAGACCACAGUGGAACUCAAGGUGCUGGCAGAGAGGUGCAAAAAGAGCAAUGGGAAGACAGAAAUAUGGCUAGAACUGAAACCUCAGGGACGAAUGCUGAUGAAUGCAAGAUACUUCCUGGAAAUCAGUGAUGCAAAGGACCUAACUGACUGUGAGAAUGAAGCCUUUUUCUCCUUGCAUCAGCGCAGGGGAGCCAUCAAACAGGCCAAAAUCCAUAAUGUGAAGUGCCAUGAGUUCACAGCCACUUUCUUUCCACAACCUACAUUCUGCUCUGUCUGUCACGAAUUUGUGUGGGGUCUGAAUAAACAAGGCUACCAAUGCAGACAAUGUAAUGCUGCCAUUCACAAGAAAUGCAUUGAUAAAGUAAUAGCCAAGUGUACAGGAUCAGCAGUAAAUAGCAGAGAAACAAUGUUCCACAAGGAGAGGUUCAAGAUUGACAUGCCUCACCGCUUCAAAGUCUACAACUACAAGAGCCCAACGUUUUGUGAUCACUGUGGCACGCUGCUCUGGGGCCUUGCACGGCAAGGACUGAAGUGUGAUGCAUGCUGCAUGAAUGUCCAUCAUAAGUGCCAGACAAAAGUAGCAAACCUUUGUGGAGUUAACCAGAAACUAAUGGCAGAAGCUCUGGCACUGAUAGGCAGCACUCAGCAGGCUCGCUGUCAGCGUGAUACUGAACAGAUAUCCAGGGAUGGACCUCUUGAAAUUGGGUUCCCGGUUCUAGUGAGGGAGGUGACAUCUCUUCAGGCAGUGCCAGCAUCUACAACAGGAAAAAAAGAGCCACAGGGCAUCUCCUGGGAGACUCCAGUGGAGGGCACGACAAAGGGAGUGUCUCUAAUAGAGACAGACCUGGGAGGAAAACAGCUCCUGGAGCAGCAAGAGGACCAAGUGCAAUUAAAACUAACCAUUGAAGAUUUUGUCCUGCACAAGAUGUUGGGAAAGGGCAGCUUUGGUAAGGUGUUCCUUGCUGAGCUGAAAAACACAGACCAGUAUUUCGCUGUGAAAGCCCUGAAGAAGGAUGUGGUCCUUAUGGAUGAUGAUGUUGAAUGUACGAUGGUGGAGAAGAGAGUCCUCUCUUUAGCUUGGGAUCACCCAUUCCUGACUCAUGUCUUCUGUACAUUUCAAACCAAGGAAAAUCUCUUUUUUGUGAUGGAAUAUCUCAAUGGAGGAGACCUCAUGUUCCAUAUCCAGAGCUGUCAUAAAUUUGACCUUCCCAGAGCAACGUUUUAUGCUGCUGAAAUCAUAAGUGGGCUGCAGUUUCUCCAUUUAAAGGGCAUAAUAUACAGGGACUUGAAGCUAGACAACGUUCUCUUGGACAGUGAAGGGCACAUCAAAAUUGCUGACUUUGGGAUGUGUAAAGAGAACAUGUUUGGAGAUGCAAAGACAAGUACUUUCUGUGGGACUCCUGACUAUAUUGCUCCUGAGAUAUUGCUGGGGCAGAAAUACAACACCUCCGUUGACUGGUGGUCGUUUGGUGUCCUCCUGUAUGAGAUGCUUAUUGGCCAAUCUCCAUUCCAUGGCCAAGAUGAAGAGGAGCUUUUCCAGUCUAUCCGUAUGGAUAAUCCAUUCUACCCUCGCUGGCUUGACAAGGAUGCAAAGGACAUUUUGGUAAAGCUUUUUGUGAGAGAACCUGAGAGAAGACUAGGAGCAAGAGGGAAUAUCCGCCAGCAUGCCUUUUUCAGGGAAAUAAACUGGGAAGCUUUAGAAGAAAGAAGGAUGGAGCCUCCUUUCAAACCAAGAGUGAAAUCUCCAAGUGACUGUAGCAACUUUGACAAGGAAUUUCUAAGUGAAAAGCCUAGACUGUCUUGUGCUGACAGGGCACUGAUUAACAGCAUGGACCAAAAUAUGUUCCGCAACUUUUCUUUUGUGAACCCUAAAAUGGAGAAUAUAUUUUCCUGAGAUCUGCCUUACUGAUGGAAUUCCACAUAUGAUUUGAGUAGCAUCUUGUCAAUUGAAGACUGUGCAUGGUUGUUUUUAUCAAGAACCCACCAGAAAAACACUUCAGUGAAACUGUACCAUGCCUGAAGGCUUUCAGCUUGUUCCAGCCUGGAGCAGAUGCCAGCCACAUUCGCUAAGGAUGAAGUCUCAUCAUGGUAUCUUUUGGCCUCUCUCCUCUAUUUUCCCAGUUUUCUUGAAGUUUCAAACAUCUGAAUAGGAGGAGAUGCCAAAACAUUUUCCUCUGUACUUGUACUCACAAUCACUGGGUUUCUCCGUAAGAAGCAGCAACUGAUGAUGCUUUCAGUGCUUAUUUCUGCAAUUCUUAUCUGGACCCAGCUCCUCCUGAAAAAUGAGAGUUGAGCUCCGGUCCUGAGGGCAUCUGGGAAAGACUUCAGGUUGGGUGCUUUUGCAACUUCCAUUUGAACAUGUGCAGAAAUGAGCCUAUGUGCACAGGAAUGUUGAAGAAGCCAAAUAUCUCUCCACAUGCCUAAAAAAUAAUCUUCACAGGUUUUAGGAUUCCUUUUUAUGCCACAAGGUCCACUGGGAUUAAGAAAUUUUGUAGGUGCACUUUCCAGCAUUUCUAUAUCUCACCCAAUGGCUCAAACAUAAAGGAGGAGCGUUGUAAUCGCAAGUAUCAAGAUCAGUGUAGAAACCCAGUGGUUUUACUCUCCGUACUUGAGCAGAAAAGAUGGGAGGUAGCAGUCCAGAAGAAAACAUUGAUAAUCCAUGUUCUAAAGCUUUAACUGUCCUCAAACAUACCAGAAUCAUUGCAAAAUAUGGACGGGACUGUCUGGAGUUUUUUCUGAAACUGAAUCAGAUAUAUGGAAGAGUUUUCCUCAAACCUUUCUUUAAGCAUCAUACAAUCAACCUUUCUACGAUUGCUGUAUUUCACUGGCAUGUUAGUAAUCAGUCCUUAUAAAGGCUGAUAUACUUCCUGUUGCUGUAAACAGUGCCCCAACACUUUGACAUGCAUUGCAGACACAAACAUGGCAGUGUGGGAUGGCACACCAGUUGAGAGUGAUCCUCUCCACUUCAUGAUAUUUUGCUGCAUAUUCUAUCCCCUAGCAGGCUGUGAAAUGUAGCUGGUCAAUAAUAAUCUCAUCCCUUACCCAUUCAUAAAAGGAUCUUUUAAAAUAAAGUUGUGCUGUUUUCAGAAGUUGGAGAAGCGCAGAAUCUACCAACUACUGAUUUUUACACCAGUAAGUACUGUGUCAAAAUUAAAUCAAAGUCCAAACAGAAGAUUCUUUAAUAAUUUAGACUUAAGUCACCCCAGCUUGCGUUUGGCUCUAACUGGAAUGUGUAAAUUUGGUGUUUUGUUGCAUAAACAACUUCAGCCCCUUUAAGAAGAUAACUUCUGGAAGAUGAAUCGUCUCAAAAUCAGAUUCUUUUUAGAGGUGCCUUUCUGGCUCCAGUGGAACUGGAGCUCUCAACAGGAUGAAUGCAGCCUUGCAGACUGUGCAGCCACUGCUGGGAUAUCGCUGGCAGCAACUGCAGGCACUGAAACCUGCAAGGCUGAUAGUAAGAGGUGCCUAACAUUGACAAAAAAUAGAAGCAAAGCAGAUUUCAGCCCUGUGACUUUUUGUGAAAUUCUUGUUUAAUUAUGUUGCAUAAAGUACAGGGGGAUCUGUGCUUGCAGUUUGUGCAGUUGGUUUUCACGUUUAAUUUGAACGGCUAAAGUGGAUUUCUGAAAUGCCUGUGCUGUUUGUACAGUUUAAUAAAAUGUUGUAUGCUGAUGGAAAACGGGUGUGAAAGUGAUUAAAUGUGGAAAAAAAAAAAACAGAGGUGCUAUGAAAAGCUG